AUGUGUCCAAGUAAUGAAUGGGGAGACAACAACUGUGGCCAUCAUGAAGAUGCAUCUGUCGUUUGUACAGGUUAGAUAGUAUUAUGAACUAGUCCACUAACUAUGAAAACGAAAAUUCUAGCCUUGCUAAAAUUUUCGUCUUCAUUUCAUUGACAAGCUGUCGAGUUUUGGGAUAUUAGCUUCGUUAUCAACAUUAUAUUGCAUCCGUCGGCUUCCGCUGAAACUCCUCGACCAGCUUCUGAAUCAAAUUCUCAACUCAGCCAUUGCAACAAACCGGUCUUACACCCCAGGUCCAAUAUAUUUCGGUAUUAUGUCGGGAAAUUGUAACUUCUUAGAUCUCACAGCUGAGUGGAGGCCUGUUCUUGGGGUCAUAGAAUGUUUAGCGUAUUACUUUCCUCUGUUGGUACGGUGGCAUUGCUCCCUUAAAUGUUCCCUACGUAAGUCUCUGUUGGCGUUUUUCCAACCAUGAAAUCUAUGAAACAUGCCGCACGGGUGCCCCAAGAGUAGUGUGCCGAGAUUGCAUGGAAAUACAAUAUACGUCAAAUUAAGAAACUAAAACGGGUAAAAGUUAUUAAUAAAGCCGUAUAAAUAUUGUUACCCGGUGUACGAAGUUUCAUAGUCUUAUUUGAGUUGAACUGACUGUUCAACCGGUCGUCGAUAAACAGGUCUCAAUUUUGAGUGUUGUGCCAAACGUUUGAAAAGUUAUUCCCCAAUUUGUGACCUUUUCUUUUUUUUCCCCAGAUGUUCUAGGACAAUGGCUGCUGAAUGGCCAAGAGCAUGAUAUAAGGUUGGCUGGUUAA